AUGCUCCAGCUGGAACGAGUGCGCGAGGAAAAGCAGCUAAUGCGCCAGUCCAACACCCUCAGACCAUAUCUCAAUGCUGUCCGAGCAACGCUUACCGCCGCCCUCACGCUCGAGAACUUCUCUUCUCAGGUGGUCGAACGGCACAAUAAGCCAGAGAUAGAAGCUGCUGCAUCCCCCGAAGUCCUCCUCCACCCCCUCACCGUCUCGCGAAACGAAUCCGAGCGGGUCCUGAUCGAACCAUCGGUCAACUCUAUCCGGCUCAGUAUAGCCAUCAAGCAGGCAGACGAGAUUGAGAAGAUUCUCUGCAAGAAGUUUACGAGGUUUAUGAUGAUGCGGGCGGAGGGUUUUGUUAUUCUUAGGAGGAAGCCUAUAGCGGGAUACGACAUCUCUUUCCUGAUUACCAACUUCCACGCAGAGUCUAUGCUCAAACACAAGCUGGUGGACUUUAUCAUCCAAUUUAUGGAGGAUGUGGAUAAGGAGAUUUCAGAGAUGAAGUUGAGCUUGAAUGCGAGGGCACGUAUCGUGGCUGAGAGCUAUCUGUCAACGUUCGCAUGA